AUGCCUGCCGAUUCUGUUCCAGUAUUCUUCAAUCGUGAUAAUAAUGGUCCACCAUCAGAUAAAUUAUUAGUUGCAACGGAGAACAAUCCUCUAUUGGCAACAACAUCUACUACAGUCAAUACCAAUAAAGAUUUUCCUGAACAAAAUAUGCAACAAAUCAAUGAAACAACGACACAUGCUCAAGAGUCAAAAGUGAAUAAAACUGAAGUAUCAGUCAAUGCAAAUUCAGCAGAUAGAUUCCAACCUGACAUCACUACUGUUCAGCAAUCAACAAAGAAGGUGCUCUCAUAUCAAUAUGGUAUUUAA